AUGUUUGUGCGUCAAAAUAGCGAACUGCCGUUCGUCUCGCCGUCUCUCCACCAUGCUCAGCCGUAUGGCCCUGAGCCAUCCCCUCCAACGAGCCGUCUACAUUCCUUCAUCACUCGUCCCGUCUCCGUGCAUAUUCACAACCCUUUGCAUGCUCGAUACCCACUCGUUGCUUCCAAACCCCGAAGGACUGACAGGCCGCGCCUCUUCUCCGACCCUUCUUCUGCUAGAAGUCGGCCAUCUAUUACCGAGCUAGAGAAAGGAUACACAGGACAAACUAGUGCGAGUAGCUCCCGUAGUGUGAGUGAAGUAGGCUCGGAUGAAACUCGAGUCACCAAUCUCAUGUGGAACUCUGUCUUCGAGCCCCUCAAGCUAGGCAACAUGAAUACGCUCAAGAGGCCAGCCGCGUCUUGUACCGAAAGUAUGCGGCGAGUCACCAGCUGCACUUCGAUGAACUCUGUUGGAUCCCUUGCUUCUGUAACUGGGUAUGAUCCUCACGACCCGAGGAUCACGGGAAAGCUCAAGGAGAAAGGGAGUGUCCAGUUACCUUCCUCAGAAGACGGACAGAAAUUCAUCUUGCUGUUAAGCGAGGCACUCAUGAA